ACGGGUAGUUAACCUCUGUUCCCUCCUAGAUCCGGGAUGGAAAAAACGCAUCUGUGUGGGGAGUCGCUAACGCCUUCAUGGAUGCAUCUGAACGAAUCGAACAGGCUUUACUGCCUUGGUGUGGUAUCGCAGGCUCUGUUCUUUCCCCUCCUAGACCACUGUCCUCAAGUUUAAAUACUGGCUCACCAUCACCCACGAUAUCGCUGUCGUCCUUUCUUCCAUUCGGUCCUUCCUCCGCCUCGUCAUCACCUGGUACUCCCACGCCUUCAUCACCCUUUAUAGGGGUUGCUGCGAUCAGUGGCAGCGAUAGUGUCGCAGUACGUACGGUGUCUCUCUCGAGCGUCCUCGUUCCGAACCACAUCGAGAUGAGUGACGCAUAUCAUUCUACUCUUACCUCCCCCUCACCUGCAACGACUCCGACAAAGCCAAAAGCGACUGAACAACCGACUCCGAUGCCUUUCGGCACAGGUAGUAUGAGCGAAGAUGGGCAUGCUGUGGUUUCGGCGCAAAUCCCUUUUCUUCGCCCUCGAGGGCGAAAGAGUCAAUAUGGAGAAGGGCAAGUUUGAUAGUGACGAGUCAGAGUGCGAAUGGGAGCGUUGAUCAGGAGGGAGUGAAGUCAAGGAAGAAACAAUCCUCUACGAAACGACGGAUGAGCCCAACAAAUGGCCGUGGGCGUGGGAGUGGAGAUGAAAGGAGAAGCAGCUUAGUUUGCAGGAUAUUGCCAUUAUGCCUACUCAACGAAUUGCUAGAUAUGGUAUGCUCUUCCGAGGUGAGCUGUCCAAAGGGUGUAAUAAAUUCACUCUGUGCCGUCCUUAUAUU